AAAAAUAAUUUUUCAAAAUGGAACAAUUAGCAUUCAAUUGUAAACAAAAUACUACCACUGAAUAUCUCUUCGGAGGGAAAAAAAUGGGAAUUAUUCCUGUAGCCGUUAGUUUAUUAUCCAGUUUUCUAUCAGGUAUCACUUUUUUGGGAAGUCCUACUGAAGUUUAUCUUUAUGGUAGUGCAUAUCUCAAUGUUAUUAUUGGAGCAGUGAUUAUUUGUAUCGUUACAAUAUAUGUUUUUUUACCAAUUUUCUUCAAACUUCAACUCUCAUGUACAAAUGAGUAUCUGGAAUUGCGUUUUUCGAAAAAUGUCAGAAAAUUAUCAUCCUUAGUAUAUCUCAUCGGUUUAUUAGCAGUGACGUCAGUGAUAAUUUACGUGCCUGCUUUAGCCUUUUCCCAAGUUACAAAAUAUAGCAUCCAUACUAUAACGCCAUUACUCACACUUGUAUGCAUAACGUAUACCAGUAUGGGUGGCGUUAAGGCCGUUAUAUGGACGGAUACUUUUCAAUUUAUUUUUACUUUAAUUGGAGUAUUUACGGUCCUUAUUAUUGCAUUAUCAUCCGUUGGUGGAAUCUCGGAAGUAUGGACUAUCGCCAAAGAGGGAAAUCGAACGAACACUUUUGACAUGGAUAUCAAUAUGUAUAAACGGAACACAUUCUGGUCAAUACAAGCAGCCGUACUGUCAUCGUGUAUUAGUCGAUUUAGCGUUGGACAGAAGUAUGUUCAAAAAUUUUUGUCUUUAAGCAAGGAAAGUGAUGCAAGAAAAGCUAUAUGUAUAAUGGUAUUUGGUUGGAUAAUUAUUGUCGUUGUGUGUGCUACUAUUGGCCUAACCAUGUAUGCCAAAUAUCACGGCUGCGAUCCCCUCAAAGCUAACCUUGUUAGUCGGAGCGAUCAAACUCUCGUGUAUUUCGUUAUGGAUAUUGCUGGUGACGUACCAGGUCUUCCAGGUAUUUUUUUGGCUGGACUCGUCAGUUCUUCACUUUCAACUAUGAGCGCUUGUUUGAAUACUCUCAGCGGAAUGAUAUACGAUGAUUUCAUCGACAUGUGGCUCCCUAUUAGUACUAAUCGAGAAUCUAGAGCUGCAAAUAUCAUGAAGGUGACUGUUGUCAUUGUCGGAGCUAUUGCAAUUGGCCUGGUUUUCGUAAUGGAGAAAUUGGGAACAAUUUACGAAAUGAUAUUGACUAUCGGUAGUAUACUGGAUGCGCCAAUUCUAACGCUCUUUACCUUGGGAAUGCUGAUUCCUUGGAGCGGUAAGAAAGGUGCCUUAGUGGGUGGCUACGUCUCUCUCUUUUUUAUGAUUUGGCUGGUCGUUGGAUCGCAGUGGCACGUCAUGAAUAAGAGAAUAUACUUCCCGCACCUUCCGACCACCAUUGAACAGUGCAAUUUUACCAGUAACCUUUAA